GAGAAUAUAGGCAAGUAAAGAAGUGCGCAGGUGCGGAAGCUGUCUGCUACACGUGAAUUUCUAUGACCGGCUUUGAGAUUGUGAAGAGCAGCCGGAUAAGAAUCUAAAUACUCAUUAUUCCUAGCACAGACUUCAAACGUCUGCUCCUUUUCACGAAACUAGUUCAUGCAGACAUUUAUGGUGUGUUAGAGACUAUAAUUCUCUACCGAAAGUCAUUUUAAGAAAUAUAGCUUCAAGUACUCAGCCCCUGAACCAGUUGUGUUAGCACUCCUAUUUAUGCAUAAUUUGUGAUAUGUGCUGAUGCACGAAAGUUAGAGGUAACAGAGAGGAAAUGACGGCCUGCUAGGGACUCAGCUGCAUGUUGGGAAGCCUCAAAUCUUUUGCUUACCUCUCACCUCCUCCAGUUGCACACUGCUGAAAGGUCAACCAGUCUUGUUGUCAACACUACUGUAAAUUAAGAAUUUUAAAGACGUUCAGUUGAGCCAUGGCCAGCCAGAGUGCACCUCCCAGUAUAGCUGUGGACUCAGUGCUGCUGAAGAGCGAGGAAAUGCCCGAGGGCUCUGAGACUGUCCAGGGUUACGACUUCAACAAUGGCGUAGAUUACCACCAGCUGCUGAAGAUGUACACCACUUCAGGGUUCCAGGCAACUAAUUUUGGACUCGCUGUUGAACAGAUUAAUAAGAUGAUUGAAAAGAAACUAGAACCCCUUCCAGAAGAAGUGAGGCAAGAAGCUAAUUUCAACCCUGUUGGUCGCGAGAAGACUAACUGCACUAUAUUUCUGGGGUAUACAUCUAACCUGAUUUCCUCAGGAGUCAGAGAGACCAUCAGAUAUCUAGUGCAGCACAACAUGGUGGAUGUUUUGGUGACCACAGCUGGGGGUAUUGAGGAAGACUUCAUUAAGUGCAUGGCUCCAACUUACCUAGGGGACUUCCACUUGAAAGGCAAGGAGCUGAGAGAGAAGGGCAUCAAUAGGAUUGGGAAUCUACUUGUUCCUAACAAUAAUUACUGUUUGUUUGAGGACUGGAUAAUGCCAAUCUUAGACCAGAUGCUGGUAGAACAGCAGGAACAAAAAGUGAACUGGACACCAUCAAAAAUGAUUGCAAGACUUGGCAAAGAGAUUGACAACCCACAGUCUGUUUAUUACUGGGCCUACAAGAAUAACAUUCCUGUAUUUAGCCCUGCUCUUACUGAUGGCUCUUUAGGAGACAUGCUGUAUUUUCAUUCCUAUAAAAACCCUGGUCUGGUUCUGGAUAUUGUUGAAGACAUACGUCGGAUGAAUAGCCAGGCGAUCUUUGCGCAAAACUCGGGAAUGAUAAUUCUUGGUGGGGGCCUGGUGAAACACCAUAUCUGCAAUGCUAACAUGAUGAGGAAUGGAGCAGAUUUCUCGUUAUUUGUGAAUACUGCCCAAGAAUUUGAUGGCAGUGAUUCUGGAGCUAGGCCAGAUGAAGCUGUCUCCUGGGGAAAGAUAAAGAAAGAUGCUAAACCUGUGAAGGUGUAUGCAGAUGCCAGUCUUGUGUUUCCUCUGCUUGUUGCUGAAACAUUCGCGAGGAAUUUCCCAAUUAAAAACGGAGACAGAAGUCUGGGAGAAGGCACAUCGAGCAAGAAAAGCAAACUAUCUUGAAGAAGGAACAUCGACCAAGAAAAGUAAAUCAUCUUGAUAUAAACUGAAUUAUUCAGGAAUGAGCCCAUAAAGUACCCCCAAUUGCUAGUCAAAGGCUUAGUUCUGACAGAAGAUGCAGUUUCAUUUUACUCUGUGCAACAAUAUAUGUUAUAUCGUCAUUAAGUUAAACCUUUAACAAUUAUUGUCAGAGAAAAAAGGGAAGUUUCUGCCUGCAUCAUCCUGUUAAGCUUGAUCAAUUCUAUGAUGUUUUAUAACUACAAAGACGAGUAUCUCUAAGGAGAGGAAGAGCACUUCAUGAAAGGUCUUCAGAAAAAAACUGAUUUGUCAUAAUUUCUGCUUGGUCAGCAGGUUUUGAUUAAAUGCUCUAAUAUGAAUACAUUUUAUAUGAUUACAUGGUGAGUAUUCAUUCAUGUAUUACUUGUUUUGUUUAAGAUAACAUGGGAUAUUUUAUGUAAAGCGUAUUGUUUUCAUUCUAUCUAUGCAUGAUAGCAUCUAUAUAAAGUGUCAGAUUUUUAUUCGCAGUUAACCCAAUCCAUAUGAACAUUUGAUUAUGGAAGGAGAUACCAGUACUGCUACUGAACAUUUUAAAACAUGCAUUAUUUUAAUAUAAUAAUAAUGAUAUGUAGCCUCUCAUACUCUGA